ACUUGAAGAAACUAUCCCACCCCUCCAUCAAGACGCACAAGUCUCUGAACCGAAGGAUAUCUCGGCCUCCCCUACAGAAGCUGAUUAUUCGGAUUUAUGUAAUGAUUUAUCCCACACCAUGAUCCCAUACUGAUACGAAACUUAGACAGAUUUAGUCAACAAGUCGACAGAUUUGUUCAGGGACAUCUGCGUUGGCGUCAAACAUGCGCAAAAAUUUACGCUAUCAAAGCAGAGAAUCGCCGUAAACGGAAUGAUCGCUUCUCACGUGAAGUCACCCUGAUUGUUUGUUUUUAAAGGAAGCGACACGCAUAUCGGCUCCGAAAAUAUCCGCAACCAAGAGACUGAAGUGGGAACGAACGCUGACAUCCGCAGUAUAUCUGGAAAUACGGUGUCCUGAGCCAUGGGGGCCUUCUUGGACAAACCGAAGACAGAGAAACAUAAUGCUCACGGAGUGGGCAACGGUCUGUGCUUCGGCCUGAGCAGCAUGCAGGGCUGGCGGGUAGAGAUGGAGGAUGCGCACACGGCCGUUGUGGGUCUACCGCAUGGCCUGGAUGACUGGUCCUUUUUCGCAGUGUAUGACGGUCACGCUGGCUCCCGCGUAGCCAACUAUUGCUCCAAACACCUGCUGGAGCACAUCAUAACCAGCAGCGAGAACUUCCGUUCGGGGCCCGACUCCGUGGAGGGCGUUAAAACCGGCAUUCGUUCUGGCUUCCUGAAGAUCGACGAGUACAUGCGCAACUUCUCGGACCUACGUAACGGCAUGGACCGUAGCGGUUCCACGGCAGUCGGUGUGCUGGUGUCCCCUGAACACCUCUAUUUCAUCAACUGUGGAGACUCCCGUGCUGUUCUCAGCCGUGCCGCACAGGUACGGUUCUCCACACAAGACCACAAGCCGUGCAACCCACGUGAAAAAGAGCGCAUUCAAAACGCAGGAGGUUCUGUGAUGAUCCAAAGGGUGAAUGGUUCUCUUGCUGUGUCACGUGCCCUGGGGGACUAUGACUACAAGUGUGUGGAUGGGAAGGGCCCCACUGAGCAGCUGGUAUCUCCGGAACCGGAGGUGUUUGAAAUCCCACGCAUUUCAGACGAGGAUGAGUUUGUGGUGCUCGCUUGCGAUGGCAUCUGGGAUGUGAUGAGCAACGAGGAGCUGUGUGAUUUCGUGCGCUCUCGGCUAGAGGUGUGGGAUGACUUGGAGAAGGUUUGCAACUCUGUGGUGGACACCUGUUUACAUAAGGUGAGUCGUGACAACAUGAGUGUUGUUCUAGUAUGUUUCCCCAAUGCUCCGAAGGUAUCAGAGGAGGCUGUUAAGAGAGAGGCCGAGUUGGACAAGUUCCUGGAGGCUCAUGUGGAAGAAAUCAUGGAGAAGUCAGGGGAGGAAGGCAUCCCAGAUCUAAGCCAUGUCAUACACAACCUUCGCCCUGAGAGCAUCCCCAACCUGCCUCCAGGAGGUGGUCUCGCUAGCAAACGUAGUGUAAUUGAGGCCGUUUACAACAGGCUAAACCCACACAGAGAAGAAGAUGGGGACAGCCAGGGAGGAGCAGCCGGCGGUGAGGAGGAAGAAGAGGGCAGCUCCGCAGCCGCCGCCCACCUGCUGGAGGCGCUACGACAGUUCCGGCUUAGUCACCGAGGCGAAUACCGCCAAGUGCUGGAGCAGGCGCUCUCCACUUACCGGCUGUCCUACGGGACAGGCGCCGUGACACGGACCGACCCCAUGGAGGAACCUCCCUCGCCUCCACCAUCCCCAGCCACUGAACCCCUUGGCUCUGAGGAGGGACAGGACGAAGCCGCUACAUCACAGUCUCUGGACAAGCUCUCUGGCGCCCCCACUGCAUGACCCUAUUUAGUACCCACUAAACCCAGCCUUGCUAUCAAAAAAAACCCUUUCCCCAGACCUGCUCUCUGGCCCAGAUUGCUAGGUUGCUUUGGGCAUUCUUCCUCCUUAGAGCACUUCCAGUGCAGGUUUUUGGUUGUCUUUAUGGAUUUGUAAUAGCACUUUGGGUGUUUGUUUUGUGUUUGGGAGCUCUGCAAAAAGUAAAAGUAGCAUACAGAGGAAGUUUUGUGCAGAAUUCUUAUCACUAAAAACCUGCUCUGCAACUGAGGUUAACCUUGGCAUAUCCCAGCUCUGUCUGCAGUAAGCACUUUCUCAUAUCUGCACUUAGCCUAGUGUUUUUAAAAUGAGACAUGGAGGUGUUAUCUAAUAAAUUAUUAAAAGGAUA